AAUAAUAAUAAAUAAAAAAAAGUGCUGUUAAAAAAACAUGCAAUAAAUGGCCUAAAAAAACUAGACAAACCACUAAAAAACUCAUCGGAGGUUCAAAAUGCGAUUUUCCUGUAAGCGAUUUACCAACUUAUAGAGACAUUUAUAGAUACUUUUAUUUCGUACAAUCCGAGUUAAAAAAUAAAUCAAACAUAAUUGAUAAAACCCAACAAGAACUUGUGAAAAUUUGGUUAAAAGUAAAUCCAAAAUUGCCCUUGAUAAAAAGUGAGUCAAUUUAUUUAAAAUUGGUCAAAACAUUUAACACAAUGAAACUUAUUAAUGGAAAAAAGUGCAAAAAAAGACCUCAAGUUGCAGCAUAUAAUGCAUUGGAAAAUCUUUAUGAUAUAUCUACCUGUAGAUGCAAUUUAGACGAAGUUCCAUGCUAUGAUGAUAGGGUGAAAUGCAAAUAUCUAACCUGCAAUAAUAAACAUUUAGUAUGUGUUUGUCCUCCAGAGUGCAAGAUUCCGCUGGAGGAACGAGAAUACAUCAAAGACCAAAGAUCAAGAAAUGGCACAAAAGGAAACAUUCAGUUAGGGCUAAUAGAUUGGAGCACUGUAAAAAAAGAAAAAAGAAGAGUAGGAAAGUGUUCUAAUGUUAAAGUACCCUCAUGUGAUAAUGGCGAAUCAUCUUUUGAUAUAAAUUUGGAGUCUGAUACAGAAUCAUCAUCAGAUUCAGAAUAUAAUGAGUCAAUUGCUAUUUCAACAUAUAAUUUAAGAAAGCUGGAUAACUUUGCUUUAGAGUGUGUUCGGUAUGCGAUAUCGAGUGAAGCUGCUGCAGCUCUUGGUAAUGGACUUUUAAAAGAUAUUGGAGUUAUUACUAAAACUGAUAAAACUGACGUUUUAGAUAAAAGUAAAAUGGAUCGAGCUAAAAAAAGGGUUUGUCUUCAGUCUGUUGCUGAACACAAUAUCAUAGUGCAAAAUCUAUCAUGUAUUGGAUGUGACAGUAAGGAUGAUAAGAUAGCCUGGUUUAUAGAAGUAUGUUGCCAGAUAGUAUUAGCAAAAAAAAUAAAUUAAUAGAAAAGGUUUAUCAUCUAAGUUUUACAGUAGAAUCGGGAGAAAUAAAAGGUAGAUAUCUGACACACAAAGAUAUUUUAAAUGCCACAGGAGAAAAUUUAGCGCAGUCUACUUUUGAAGUGUUAAAACAAUACAACAGUGUUGAUUCUUUGUUAAGAAUUGUUUUUGACAAUACAAAUGUCAACACUGGAUAUAAAACUGGCCUUUGUGCCAGCCUUGAAAGAAAACUUGGCAGAACAAUUCAUAAAAUUGGCUGUGCACUUCAUAGCAACGAGUUACCUUUGCGCCAUAUUAUAGAACAGCUAGAUGGCGGUACAAACACUCCGCAAACAUUUUCUGGUGAAAUUGGAAAAGGUGCAGCACAAGACCUUCAUCAUAAACCCAUUGCCAAAUUCGAACUUGUUUUGACUUCUUUAGUUUUUCCAGAAAAUAGUGUGAUCAAUGACUUAAGUUCUGAUCAAAGGUUAUUGCUGGAAUAUGUGUGUGGUAUAAGUUCAGGUAAGCAUAUUUUAAAAAUACAUAACAUAAAAAUUAAUCUACUUAAUGUAUUUAAUUACAGGCGUUUACUCCUAUUAUAAUUUAUUGCUAAAAAAGAACAUUUAAAUCUAUUUAAAUUUAGGUGUUGUAAAUCCAGUUUACGCUCAUUAUAAAAUUGGUCCAGUUAAUCAUGCUAGGUGGCUGACAUUAGCAAUACGUAUUUUAGUUUUGUAUUCAAGAACAGAACAACCUACUCCUGUCCUUAAAGAGAUAGUAAAUUACAUACAGACAGAGUAUGGCUCCACAUGGUUUGCUAUUAAGAAAUCAAAGAACUUUACUGAAGGGCCAAAAAUUUUAUACACAACAUUAAAAAAUAUAAAAAAUUUUAGCCAAACUAUACAAGACAUUAUACUACCUGUUGUUUUAAGAAAUGUGUAUUGUCUUCUUCCAGAAAACUUUCUUUUAUCCCUUUUUGUUGAUGAUUUGAAAGAAAUACGAAACAGAGCAAUUAGGCUGAUUUUAAAAUGUCGAGAUAAUCCUCCGGCUGCCCCAGUUGAUAGAAUAUAUGGUGGUAUCAGAAUUAACAAAAUCCCAAAUAUUGUAAAUCUUGAAAUUGAAUGUGAAACAUGGGCAGAUCUGCUUUCUGAUGAUAAACUGAUCUAUAAACCUCCUGCUACUAAGAAUCUGACUUAUCUGGAACUACUCAAUACAAUUGAAUGUAAACCAGAUCCUUGUGAGCUUGGUUGGGAAUUUUUCGCUACAUAGUCAGUCUGUUAAGCGUGCUGUAAAGCUUGUUUCUGAGGUUUCAAAAAAAGACUAUUCUUUACAGAAUAGACAUGGUUUAGCAGUAGGGAAGCAAAAAAGUCGAAUAUCAAGAAAAAAGUUUUAUUCAAAAAAAGAUUACGAUAUAUAGUA